AUGGAUCUAUCGAGUGCUGUGGGCUGGACGUGGCUGCUGCUGGGGCUGUUCCUUGGCCAGUCGGCCUCACAGGACACCGCCGAAGACGGGGCUCCCACCACCGUGAAGAUCCGGUUCGACCCGUACCGGGAGCUGUGCCUCGGUACGUACGAGAGGCCGGUCGUGAUCACCAGCCAGCUGGUCUGCUGGUACGAUGCCCGCAACCUGCACAGCGUAAUCGGGCCGUACAAGGUGGAACUGCUCAGUUCGGAGCCGUUUGUCGGCAUUUUCCACGACGUGAUUCACGACAGCGAGAUCGCCAAGCUGAAGGAACUGGGCGAGCCGUACGUCAAGCAGUCGGGAGUGACGAACGAUAGCUGGCUGCCGGUGUACUACGACAACCACCAGACGUUCACGCUCCACGACCGAGAUCACAGCGUGGUGGAGCGGUUAACGCGGCGCAUCGAAAGGAUGACCGGGUUGAGUUGCGAGACGGCCGAGGCGAUGAAAGUGAUCUACAACGAAGCGGGCGCGUUCCGGACGAGCGAUAUCGACGCGCUCAGGACACCGGAGGAGCGCCACAAGUUUGCGUACGCCGGCGAUCGGCUAGCGACGGUGUUCUUCUUCAUGAGUGACGUCGAGGAGGGCGGUAGGCUUAUAUUUCCGCGGCUGCGCGUGAGUAUUCGGCCGCGGAAGGGCCACGCCGCGUUCUGGUAUAACCUCAAGGAAACGGGCGACGCGGACGACCGGUUGCGGUACAGCAUGUGCCCGCUGAAGGAGGACUCCAAGUGGGCGGCCAAGAAAAUCAUCCACACGCGGGGCAACGAACUCCGGAAGCCGUGCCAACCGACCGGCAACAUCCUGUCGCUCCUUGAGGCAGCCGAACAGUAG